CUUAAAUACAGGGGUAGAAAACACAAAGAGAAUCUAAUAAACAAAUGAACUUAGCUACACUAAAGAACUUAAACAUAACAUCCAAAUAAACUAAAACUCAAAACGCUGGGUCAACAGACCAGGAACUUGACAAUGCUGGGCUGUUUUAAAUCAGCAAGUAUAUGAAAUAAAUGUCCAUGUAUGUGGACUGUAUUUCAUUCAUUGAAGAAUUUGACGUGUAGAGGAGUGGCAUCAUGAGAGUGGACAGUCUGUCACAGCAGCUCCUGUAGUUUCCUCAGUAAUUUCCCUUGUGAGUUCGAUAAUCUGCCUGUCUGUCUGUCUCUCUUACUUACUUUAGUUUAAUGGACCUCAGGGUGUCCAGUCUCUUUCCAUGACUGCCUGCCCUGACUUAGUAUUUUAUGCCAUUAUAAAAUUUAUUUGGAUUCUAGAUUUCUUCUUGCGCCCUCGGUCUAGUUUAAAUGUGUGGUUAAGUUGGGGGAUUUAAAAAAUAUUACCCUGCCAGGACUUAAAGAUACCUGGAAUUAAACUGUAUCACAUGUAAUGAAAAGAAAGAUUUUUUCAGGAACGUAAACCCAGACCAAUGCUUUUUAAAAUGUGCAAUAUAAAAACCAUAGGCUACCAUCAUUAAAUACAUGGCAAACCAAAUCAAUUCUGCAUAACACUGUAGGUGUUCUGAGAUGAGAUUAGAAACCUGAACUCGUGCUUCACUAAGCUUUCCUGAAUGCAGACACCUUUUCCAUGCAUAACAUCUUUUUCAUUGCUUUGCUUUGUGUCAUAAAAAAGCCUCAAACAUAUGUGUUAAUCGCUUCUGUCUUGUUGUUUUUAGAUGCAUGACUGCUGUGUUUCAGCCAUGAGUGCAGUUUCUUGCUUUUUUCUUCUUUUUUGCUCACAGUUGUUGUUUUCUCCUUCUGUGGGGUUUGAAAGCAGCUGACAAGUUAUGACAGCUAAUAACAGAAUUGAAACAAGUUAGUCAAACCCUGCAAUUACUUUAGGAGCUAUAUGUUGCUGUAUUUUUUACAUUAGAAAAAAAUAAGCACCCUCUCCUUUCCUGUAAUGCAUCUCACAAGGUGCUAAUGUUCCCAUUUGAGGCUUAUUAAGGAUCAAGUUUGCAAAAAACAGAAAUAUGUUACAUUUUCCAGAAUGCAAUUAAAUGAUAUCUUAAAUGCGAAGCUUCAAACACUUGAGGUCAGCGUGUGGGCGUGUUGGUCUUGGUGGGUGUGCACAUAUGUAAGAGAAAGAACAAAAGCAGAAAAAAAAAUCUGCCAUCCACAGAAAAGCUGAAGACAGGUGGUGAGCCUUCAGUAAGGCUGAGCUGUAGGUUUAAGUCUACGCGUGCAGCCAGGGAGCAGACAUGGCCAAGUGGGAUUCCUGUGGCAGCAGCCCAGCCUUCAAACAGCCACACUGGAUGCAAAUACCGUUCACUGGCCAGAAGCAAGAAUUCAACAGACCUCCCACAAGGACUGUUCGGUCCAUGUCUCAGUCAUCUACGGAUAGCUUCGCUUCAGUGCACAGUGACACCUCUGAUGAUGAGUCUUCUCCUCGAGACAAGCUUCAGAAAUCCACCAAAGGCCCGUCUGACUUCUGCAUCAAAAACAUCAGUCAGGCUGAUUUUGGACGCAAAGAAAUAGAAAUGGCAGAGCAAGAAAUGCCAGCUCUGAUGAACCUGAGGAAAAGGGCAGGUGGGGAGAAACCGCUGGCUGGAGCCAAAGUAGUGGGCUGCACACACAUCACUGCACAGACAGCGGUGCUGAUUGAGACUCUGGCUGCGUUGGGGGCGCAGUGUCGCUGGGCGGCUUGUAACAUUUUCUCGACUCAGAAUGCUGUGGCGGCUGCUCUGGUUAAAGCAGGCAUCUCAGUGUUUGCGUGGAGAGGAGAAUCGGAGGAUGAGUUCUGGUGGUGUAUUGACCAUUGUGUCGGCACUGAGACCUGGCAGCCCAACAUGGUCCUCGAUGACGGUGGUGACUUGACUGACUGGAUCUAUAAGAAGUAUCCGGAACUGUUUAAGAAUCUCAAAGGUGUUGUGGAGGAAAGCAUCACAGGGAUCUAUCGGUUGUACCAGCUGUCAAAGACAGGCAGACUGUCUGUUCCUGCUAUGAAUGUCAACGAUUCGGUGACCAAACAGAAGUUUGACAACCUGUACUUCUGCAAGGAGUCUGUACUGGAAGGGCUGAAGCGGACCACUGACAUCAUGUUUGGAGGAAAGCAGGUGGUGGUGUGUGGAUAUGGCGAGGUUGGAAAAGGCUGCUGCGCUGCCCUAAAAGCACUGGGUGCUAUAGUGUAUGUCACAGAAGUGGAUCCUAUCUGUGCCCUUCAGGCCUGCAUGGAUGGCUUCAGAGUAAUUAAACUGAGUGAAAUAGUCAGACAUAUAGACAUGGUCAUCACCUGCACAGGGAAUAAAAAUGUUGUGAUGAGAGAACAUCUGGACAAAAUGAAGAAUGGCUGCAUAGUCUGCAACAUGGGACACUCCAGCAGUGAGAUAGAUUUGGCUGGUCUGCGGUCUUUAGAUCUGAAGUGGGUGCAUGUGAGACCUCGGGUGGAUCACGUCAUCUGGCCUGAUGGCAAGAGAAUUGUCUUGCUGGCAGAGGGUCGUUUGCUGAAUCUGAGCUGCUCUACCGUGCCCUCAUUUGUCCUCUCCAUCACUGCCGCUACCCAGGCCAUGGCUCUCAUAGAGCUGUACAAUGCCCCAGAAGGAAGAUACAACAAGGAUGUCUACCUGCUGCCAAAGAAGAUGGAUGAAUACGUGGCCAGCCUUCACCUGCCGAUAUUUGACGCACACCUCACAGAGUUGUCAGAUGAUCAGGCCAAGUACAUGGGCAUCAGCAAACACGGACCCUUCAAACCAAACCAUUACAGGCAUAAACUUCUCUCUCACAUAGACAAACACUAACACACAUUUUAACGUUUAAUGUUUCUGAUCUUUUUUUGUUUUUGUUGUAACAGGUAUUGAUGUUUUGCUCACAAAAUUGACGGACAGACGCUCUUCAGAAAAGCUGCUGUGAAAACAGGAGCGCUGACGCCCUCUACAGUCUGAAGCUUUACAGAGUGUAUCUGAAGCAACAGCAUAUUAAGACUGACUUUUCUGUAUUCCUAUGUAUUGUACACUGUUCCAGAUUUUCACAUUGUCCACAGUAACCAGAAUUUAAUCAGUAUGAUGUCUUAAUUCGAAAGGGAGGAAAUGAAAAACUGUUCUGAAUGGGACGGAGUUACUUUUCUAUCAGCUGAAUGGAGUACCUUUUCUAACAUUUAGAUAAAUUAAUUUUAACUAACAGGCAAGUUGUUAGACUUUUGUACAUAUAAAAUUAUUAUAAUAAAAAAUACAUUUUACUCUUUCUGCAUUUCUGCUUUAUAACUUGAAAACACCAAAACCACCAAUGAACUUUCUAACUUAUAAACCAUAGAACAACUUAAUGAACACUAUUUGACUUAUUUGUAUUGAUAGAUACGGUUGCAGUUGUGUACAACCUUGUAUAUUCAGGUUUAUUUCUGGUUUCCAAGAAUUAAAAUAUAUAGUAAAUGGGCUGGUUCUGCCUCAUUCACAAAAGCCAUGUUUCCCCUUCAUGCUAGUGCUUUCUAUUUAACAUUCACACACCAAAGAAAUGCAUCUGAGAGCAACUUGGGGUUCAAACUUUAGUUGCCAGGGAUUGCACUACCAGCUUAACAAUUUAGCCAGAGCUAAACCAGACAAAGACUGUGCACUGUGAGUUUCACCCACUAGGAGGAGGAAUAGUAACAAAAUUGCUUGCAUGUGUCACUGUAGAGAUGGCACGAUACCACUUUUUUAUGUCCGAUACCGAUACCAUAAAUUUGGA